GUAGACUGCUACAGCUGCUCAAGGAUCAAUGAAGUGCAAGUAAGGGUUUCUAUAGGCUUCUAGCCAUGUUUUCUUGGAUUUUAAUUCGUGGAUUUGCAAAAUAAUGCUUCGUUCUCGAGUUAUGCCUAGUUUUGCUUACUUGGAAUGCCAUUGCAGCCUUUUUAGAAGAGCACGUAGCCAAACUUGUUUACCGAAUGUUGCUACUCUACUUAGUAGUUAGCUCUGCACUAGAACGCUAGCUAUUGGUAGCUGCAAGAGUGAGAAGAGAGCUGCAAGGCUCUGCUGAUGGCAGCCAUUAGACUUGAACUUUUGGCAUCGAUCGUUCUUAAUAACAAUAAUGGUCGAUCAUUACCCACUCUUUGAGUUUGCAUGCAGCAAAUUAAUUAAUGCAAAAAUGUUCAUCAUCAUAAUUAUGUACGUGUAUAAAAGCUAUUUAAUAGUAGCUUUAUGUUAUGUAGCUUUGACAUCUCCACCGAGGCAUCAGCACCUGCGGUGCUUUCAUUAUUAUUAGUGAAUGUCUGUGGUCUAUUCGCGCGUCUCUUUUUUGUUUGCUUGGCUGCUAGACUGUAUAAUUAUACAUUGUAUAUACAUUGUGUAAGCCGUGGUGUGCUUCCAAGUUCAAUUGUCUAACAUUCAAUCUGCGUAGAGCGCUGUUUCUUAUUGUGCAUGUGUAUCUAUUCUCGAUCAUGCAAAGAGAUAUCUAUUUCAAAGUUUCGUGUUUGUAUAGUAACAUUGGCUAGUUUAUGAUAAUUUUUAGCACGCUGCCAAUAAUAAUAGAAUAUAGUGCAGGUGGUCUGAUACACCCGGAACCUCCUAAACAAUAAUUUGGUGUUGUUUGGAAAUGUUAACCCUCCCCUAAUGUAUAUAACACAUGCAGUAUUGUAUGUGUGUGUAUUAUAAUGUGUGAUCAUGCAUGUAUGCCAUUCAUGCCGCCAUGGUGCUGCUGUCUUCAUGCAGGUGCAAACUAUUAAUACUGCAUGAUGUUUUGCAUAGCUUUCCAACUAUUGGUUGCUGUGCUGCAUAGAAUAGUCUAAUUUGGAGGAUAUCAAUUAAGGCUUUAAAUAUGAUCUUCCUGUGCCUGUUACGGUUAGACCUUCUAUAUAUACGCUGCUAGGUACAUAACAAAAAUCAUUAUAAGUCAAGCUGUUGUUUAACUGUUGAGACAUCAAUCUAUGUUAGUAUACAUACAACAGUAUAGAUCUACUGUUGUGUGCAUGUAACUGAGAUUUAACUGACCUGGUCAUCAUGGACUGGCUGCCACUACUAUUGUGUGCCUGCAUUUCUCUCUGCAUAAUGGAAUCCUCAGCAACAUCCGCAACCUCAUGUAUUCACAACCCACUUGAAAUGAUAGCCAAGGUGAAGCAAAACACAAGCAGCAGUGACGGUCGGGAAAAAAGAGAAACACAUGAGCCACUCAGGAUUCACUUCCACUAUGAUGGCAGUGUUGACACAAUGUUGGACUCGACUCAACGAGGACGUCUACAGAACGUUGUAAUUCCUGGUUUGGAGACUUUCUUUGAGUCUGCUCUAUCUGUUAUCAGAGCCACCAAUCCCAUUCUGCUUGAGCGACGCUGUGCUGGAAAUGUUUUCGUGCCUUUUGGUGACCCACGAGAGUGUGUCUCGCAGUGUCGAAACCCACCAAUGUGUGGUCCGAUACAAAUCCCAGAGGAGCACCUGAAGAGGUGUGUUGAGUGCAAUAAUGGCGGUUUUUCAAAUUGUGACACCAGGAAUGGUACUGUGGAUGGUGCUGGUGUGCCCAACACUGACCUUAUCAUUUAUGUGUCUGCUGACUGUACUGACACUUCUUCAGGAACUCUGGCAUUUGCUAGCUCCUGUGAACUCGAGAAUGAGUUAGAUAGACCCAUUGCUGGUUACAUCAACUUCUGUCCUACUCCGUUUGCUCGUCUCGCUGAUGACGCAGCCAUUGCGGUGGGGAUCCAUGAAGUUAUGCAUGUGUUAGGAUUUAGUUCAGGUCUGUAUCGAUGGUUUCGUGAUGAAAAUGGCAAUCCCAGGACUCCAAGAGACGAGAAUGGUUUUCCCUCAAGUGACCCAAGUACCAACACAGUACGGACAGAGACGUACACUGACUGGUCUACCAGAGAUGGCCUCGUCAAUCAUACAGUGACACUCUUGGUCACUCCUAAUGCUUUGGAGCAAGCUCGGCUGCACUACAACUGUUCUAGCAUCACUGGUGUUGAGUUAGAGAACCAGGGUGGAGGAGGAACUGCUUCUUCUCACUGGGAGCAGAGGAUUAUGGGGAAUGAAGGAAUGACAGGGUUCUUAUUGUUCAGUUAUCCUUUCUCAAGGAUCACCCUUGGGCUUCUUCAUGACACUGGGUGGUAUGUUCCCAAUUACGAGGUGGCUGACGCAUUACCUUGGGGUCUCAACUCUGGUUGUACAAUCCCUCAUGGCAGCUGUAGGGAAUACAUCACUCAGCAGCAAGAAAGUGGGAGGAGUAUAUCGCCGUAUUGUGUUGAUGUUGAUGACACGACCAGAGGAUGCACAUUGGAUCACGAGUACACUUCACUCUGCAAUCUUGAGAGUGACACCAAUCCUCCACCUCUAUUUCAGUUUUUUGAUGCAAGUGCAAGUUAUGGUGGUAGACUUGAGACGGCAGACUAUUGCCCAUUUGAGAAUGACAUAUCUUCAACAAGAUGCUCCGAGGCUUCCAACAACCCAUCAGUGAACAAUGGUGGUCAGUUGUACGGAGUAGGCUCUCGCUGCUUCCAGUUGGGUAGAGACUGGACUAGAACGAACAGUAUUGGCACUGAAGGAAGGUACACUACUGAUGCUGGGUGUUAUCAGUAUGCUUGUACGUCUUCUGGAGUUGAGAUCAUUCUCGAGGGCGUGUCUUUUCUGUGCUCUUGUGAAGGGGAAGAGAUUAUUGUGGACACAACUGUGAAUGACAUUCGUUACCAAGGCUCAUACAUCUGCCCAUCCUGCGCCAGCGUAUGCUAUGACGACUUGGAAAGUUGUCCAUCUACAGAACCUGCUCCAUGUCCAGGACGAGUAUCAAAUCCUAAUGAUCCUUGCCUACCAAGUCCUUGUGAUGCCAAUGCCAUGUGUACUAGCGAGGAAAAUUUCACAUGCACAUGCAAUUCUCCAUUUGAGGGCAAUGGAUUGAGUUGUGAAAUCCCGGAUCCAUGCUCGUCUAGUCCAUGUGAUGUCAACGCAACCUGUGUUAGAGAUAGCGUGAUAACGGAAAAUUUCACAUGCACAUGCAAUUCUCCAUUUGAGGGGAAUGGAUCGACUUGUGAAAUCCCGGAUCCAUGCUCGUCUAGUCCAUGUGACGUCAACGCAACCUGUGUUAGAGAGAGUAUGAUGACGGAAAAUUUCACAUGCACAUGCAAUUCUCCAUUUGAGGGGAAUGGAUCAACUUGUGAAAUCCCGGAUCCAUGCGCGUCUAGUCCAUGUGACGUCAACGCAGCCUGUGUUAGAGAGAGUGUGAUAACGGAAAAUUUCACAUGCACAUGCAAUUCUCCAUUUGAGGGGAAUGGAUCAACUUGUGAAAUCCCGGACCCAUGCGCGUCUAGUCCAUGUGACGUCAACGCAACCUGUGUUAGAGAGAGUGUGAUGACGGAAAAUUUCACAUGCACAUGCAAUUCUCCAUUUGAGGGGAAUGGAUUGACUUGUGAAAUCCCGGAUCCAUGCUCGUCUAGUCCAUGUGACGUCAACGCAACCUGUGUUAGAGAGAGUGUGAUAACGGAAAAUUUCACAUGCACAUGCAAUUCUCCAUUUGAGGGGAAUGGAUCAACUUGUGAAAUCCCGGACCCAUGCGCGUCUAGUCCAUGUGACGUCAACGCAGCCUGUGUUAGAGAGAGUGUGAUGACGGAAAAUUUCACAUGCACAUGCAAUUCUCCAUUUGAGGGGAAUGGAUCGAGUUGUGAAAUCCUGGAUCCAUGCUCGUCUAGUCCAUGUGACGUCAACGCAACCUGUGUUAGAGAGAGUGUGAUAACGGAAAAUUUCACAUGCACAUGCAAUUCUCCAUUUGAGGGGAAUGGAUCAACUUGUGAAAUCCCGGACCCAUGCGUGUCUAGUCCAUGUGAUGUCAACGCAGCCUGUGUUAGAGAGAGUGUGAUGACGGAAAAUUUCACAUGCACAUGCAAUUCUCCAUUUGAGGGGAAUGGAUCGAGUUGUGAAAUCCUGGAUCCAUGCUCGUCUAGUCCAUGUGACGUCAACGCAACCUGUGUUAGAGAGAGUGUGAUGACGGAAAAUUUCACAUGCACAUGCAAUUCUCCAUUUGAGGGGAAUGGAUCGACUUGUGAAAUCCCAGAUCCAUGCGCGUCUAGUCCAUGUGACGUCAACGCAACCUGUGUUAGAGAGAGUGUGAUGACGGAAAAUGUCACAUGCACAUGCAAUUCUCCAUUUGAGGGGAAUGGAUCGAGUUGUGAAAUCCCGGAUCCAUGCUCGUCUAGUCCAUGUGACGUCAACGCAACCUGUGUUAGAGAUAGCGUGAUAACGGAAAAUUUCACAUGCACAUGCAAUUCUCCAUUUGAGGGGAAUGGAUCGAGUUGUGAAAGUAAGUGUCCCAGAUCCAUGCUCGUCUAG